AUGUGGCACAGCAAGCAUACCGUUGGCAGUCUUUUGGAGCAUCUGGAAAAUUACGAUGAAAACCAGAGUUUCGAAUCUUUGUUGUAUGAUGAAGAGUUUGCUAGCCUUCUCCGUGGCAUCUUCACAUCUCUACCUACAGAGUUCCAAAACACGGCCCAAGCGAUGCUCGCCAAGACCAAUCAACACAAGAAAAAGAAGACGAAAAUUUCGGCAUUAUCAGCAGUCAUUGAGAUCAACAAUAUUGCUCUACCGCCCACUCUACAAGAUCACUAUCGAUUGUGGAAGGAGAAUCCUUCACGAUUCUGGCAUCCCGUUGAAAGUUCGAUUACCGAUCAAUCACUCGAGUUCAUCGCUGUCGAAGCAUACCUGGUGGUCCGAAGUCUUCACCAGAGAAAAAGGGUAUCAAUAAUUGAAUUACCUAACAAUCUCUAUCAACGACUCAUCAAGGCCACACAAUGCGAGAAGAUCCCCGAUGAAAAAACUCUUAUUAAGACGAACCUACAAACUUGGGUCGCUGCUGGGUCGAGAUACAACAAAAUCUGCAUGGCUCUCGACAAAGGUGCCUUGUUUUUGCUUCCUCAGAUAUCAGAUGCUAUAUGGGAGAAUUCCACUUGUCUAAAAGGUGCAGAAUUCGGCGACGCAAUGUCCCAUCUGAGGAGCCAGGGCAUUAUGGAGCUAUCAGGUCAGCUUGAGGCUGACGCUGUGGCUAACAAAAUUCUUGAUGCCGCGCUUGGCCAUUUCAAAUGGAAUGUCGUCGAUUCAAGGACUUUCACAGCCAAUCAAUCAAUUGCUCCAAAGAUAUUUCCCGUUGAUACAUACGCCGAGUCAGGAGUUGUUGAAGCAGGUCCCUCCAUCGUAUCGCAAGCUGUUACUGCCGGUCCAUCCAGCGAACUGAGGGCUUUUGAAACGAAGCCAAUUUCAAUUUUUUCGCUCUUAAAUUCACCAGAAGCGGCACACGAUUGA